GACGGAACGAUUUGAUUGAUCUGAUUCUCGAUUUUCUCUGGACCGUCAAGUUGCUUCCUUUCUUCCCAAGGCCGCGCACCGGCCACAGCAAACAACCCCAGAACCACCAACCCCGAAAGAAAAAAAAAACACAAACCGCCAUGACCGCCAACACCUCUUCCCCGCGCCCCUUCGUCCUCCCCGGCGAGGCCCUCCCGCCGGCGCAGAUCCCGACGCACCCCAAGCGCGCCCUGCGCCUGGGCCCGGGGCUGCGGCACAUCCCGCCGUCGUCCAUCGUGCCGACGGUGGCCGGGCAAGUCGUGGCCGACGGCAAGAAGACGGCCGUGUGGGUCGAGUACAACGGCGGGCGCUACGUGCCGGCGGCGGGCGACCUGGUGGUGGGCCAGGUGCACCACUCGUCGGCCGACUACCACUUCGUGUCGCUGGCGCCGCACGCGCCCAACGCGCUGCUGCCCAUGCUCGCCUUCGAGGGCGCCACGCGCAAGACGAGACCGGUACUGGGCCCGGGUUCGCUAGUCUACGCCCGCGUCGCCAUGGCGAGCCGCCACAUGGACCCGGAGCUCGAGUGCGUCAGCCAGGCCACGGGCAAGGCCGACGGCCUGGGCCCGCUGCCGUCGCCCUCGGCCGCCGCCGCCGGGGCGCCGCAGCCGCAGCCGCAGCAACAACAACAACAGGCAAGCGGCAACAAUGGCGCCUCGGCCCCGGCGGGUGCGGCGGCGGUGUCGGCGACGACGGGGACCGUGUUUAACGUCAGCCUCGGCUUCGCGCGCAGGCUGCUGAUGCCGCGCGCCGAGCGCGACGCCGGGCUGGUGGUGCUGGACGCGCUGGCCGACGAGGGCCUGGCGUUCGAGACGGCCGUGGGCCGCAACGGCCGCGUCUGGGUCGCCAGCGACAGCCUGCCCACGCUCGUCCUCGUCGGCCGCACCCUGGCCGAGGUGGACGAGGGCGGGCUCGACGUGGCGGCGCAGAGGAAGCUUGUCAAGAGGCUGAUCAAGGAGAUGAGCCGAGCGAGAGAGGUCUUCUCUUUCUCUCCCUCAUCCACGGCGAAAAAAAAGUCUCCGCCUUCGAGCCGUGGUAGUUGCAACGACGACGACCACGAUGACGACGAAACAAGUCUCCUCCCUAAUCGCACCUCGGAAGCAAACACCACCUAUCUCUCAUCGCCAUGACCAGCGUGAGUUGAAGAGACUGAAACCACAACAACCACCGACCCAGACACGCCCGCACGCCCGCACACGACGGGUCAAAGCGGCAUGUCUUGGCUGCAAAAACAACUAGAUACCCGCCUAGAGAGUAUGCCGACAUGGCAACACACGGCUAGUGUUCCGGCAGAGGCCGCUUGAUCAUCAACUGCUAUCGGUCAAGGCCAGCGACAGUGAACAUCCCACGUCGCGUAGACACCGACUUGGCCCCCGCCAUGAGGCAAACGCUGAAUUUGGUAUUGGCUUGUCUACUUGGAUGGAUUAUAACCCGGCAUUAAUGAAUGGCGGUUUCACCUCGUGAGCUGCCCGCCGCCAGCCGCUAAACCGCAAUAAAUACAAAUAUACAUAAUGAAUAAGAUGGUACAACACCAAUGCCAUGCGUGC